GUCCUCCCUAUUUGAAUAACGAGAAACCAGAUGCCAUCUACAAGAAGUGAGACAGCUAAGUCAGAUCCUGCUCUAGGUAUCCCGUCUGUAACUAGAGCAGCAAGGACGAACACGACGAGCACUGCUACUUCCAAGCGAGCGAAACCAGAUAGUGGAGCACUUUCUCUCUCAGCAGGGAAAGGCCACUUGAAGCCGUCCAAAAAAAAGCAGAAGGUGGAGCCAAGUAUAAUGGAUAUCCAGCCUCCUUCUACAGCUGUUGACCUACCUACGGUUCCUCAACCUACUCUGCUCCCUCCGACACUGAAUUUCAACCUCCCCUCAGCCAUAUCUCAUCUCUCUGCCUUGGACCCGCGGUUUUCACUCUUUUUCGAGCAUUUACCUUGUCGACCAUUUGUGAACCUGGAAGCUAUUGAUCCCUUCAGGACACUUGUAACUUCCAUUAUUGGACAACAGGUUUCUUGGAUGGCGGCCAGAGCUAUAAAUACAAGGUUCAGGGCUUUGUUCGGGUUUACACAUGAGAAGGAGGGGUUCCCUUCACCUCAAAUGGUCCUUAUGCAAGAUGUAACAUCACUGAAAGGAGUUGGUUUGAGCGGAAGAAAGGCGGAGUACGUUUUGUCGCUGGCUGACCACUUUGCCUCCGGUCAACUGUCAACUCAAUUGCUGCAAAGUGGAACAGACGAAGAAAUUUCAAAAGCUCUCAUUGCUGUCCGCGGUAUUGGGCAAUGGACAGUAGACAUGUUUAUGAUAUUCUCUCUUCGUCGCCCAGACAUUUUGGCCGUGGGCGACUUGGGUGUACAGAAGGGUCUUCUCAAAUGGGCUUUAGCUGCUCAUGGUGCACUAGAAAAGAAAUCUUCUGGUACCAACACACCCAAGAAGACCAAGGGAAAAGCCAACAAGGGCGAGAAGAAGGAAGUCAAGGAAGAGGUUGAUGAUAAGGGGGAAGGUGAGCUGGAUACGAACAUAAAAGGAAGUACUCCAGUCAAGCAUGUGACCUCGAGCGCUUUUCCUCCUACGCCAUUGACUCCUAACGACACAUCCGAGAACCCUCUACCUAAAAUGGGCGCCUUACAUACGCCUGCGGCCCCAUCAGGUGCAAGCGUUGCACAAGGGCCUCGAACACCAUCCACACCAUCUGCUAUGCCCCGCGAAACUGUCGAAGUUCCACCAAAGACACUUCCGGGCCCGACUCCGGAGGUGAUGCUUACAGCCCCAUUAGAACAUCCUGAUUGGGACCCCCAUCGUGCCGUUCCGUUACUAGAAGGUCUGUCUGUAGAUAUUCUGAAAUCCCGCUUGAACGGAAAGAAAGUCAAGGGCGGAGCCUAUUUGACACCAAAGGAAAUGGAGGCUCUCACUGAAGGGUGGAGACCAUAUAGAUCGUUGGCAGUGUUCUACAUGUGGCCUGUCGCUGGAGAAUGAUCACCCCAAAGCCUUCCGUGAACGCAUAGUAGUAUCCAGCGCUCUUCAAAAUGCAUCUGUAGCUACGUAUUGUAACAUAUAAUUGUUUCCCAAAACACCAUACAAAUCCUACACCUCUAACUCGUUACAUCCUAAUUUUUCGAUAG